AUGACGACAGCAACCCGAGCACCGAGUUGGCGCGUGCGCGAGCGGCAUGGACCUCGUCGCUCACGCCGGGCGCUCGUGUGGCACACGCUGAGCGCAAGCGACCAGCAUCCUCUUGCUACUGGGCACGUCGAUGCAGCAGGAACGGACGUGUUGGGUGGUGCGUGUGCGUCGUUUCGUCGUCAAGAGUUGGGGCCUGAGGCCCCCCGGGCAACGAACGCGUCACGAGCGCUCGUGGACGUGCAGAAAGGAGACGCUGCACCACUUGAAGCGCUCUUGUCGGCUGUGGCUAUAGGUACACUGCGAUUGGAGCGGUCGGAUGUGACGGUAGAGCCGACGACGGGUGUGGUGCAGACAGCGCCAAGACGCGACCUAAGUGUGGCUGCGUCAGUGCCACGGACAGUCAAGACAGAGUGGAAAGCGCAGGCUAGGGAGGAGAUGUUGGCUUCUUGGGUCCAGGGUAGGUGCAAGACGGAAGCGCGGCUGCGUGACGUGACGGAGCAGAAGCCCGGGAGCGCUUUGGGACGACGAAGCGACUGCUUUUCUACCGAGAAGAUGGACGAAGAAGCAGCGACAGUGACAGUGAUUGAGAGAACACGUGCACGAUUGAGACAGCUUGAGUGUGGACGUGCGACGGAACCUCUUGACGAUGCCGAGCUGCUUGUGUCGGCAGGACACGAGCAAGAUCUUGACAUGUCGCAGAAGCAGUACGUGGCCAAGGUGAAGGGCAUGCAAAAGCACUUGAUUGAUACAUGGGAGCAACAUCGAAAAGUCGAGGCGCUGCGCAUUGCUAUCAAGUGUGUGAAACUGCUUGCAGACACUACGACUGCACCUCGAUUGUAUCCAUGCGUGUUUGUGCUGGUGACGGAUGUACUUGACGCAUUCGGGAAGCUCGUGUAUGACCGCAUUGACGCGCAAGCGUCGGAGGAUGAAAGUGGCCAGCCUCCAUUGGAAUCAAUGGGAGAUCACGUCAGGAGUUCGAACAUCAACGUCCAGGCGAUCGAAACGUGCCGCAAUUGGUUUUACAAGUCGGCUUGCAUUCGAGAACUUCUUCCGCGCAUCUACAUUGAAGUCGCGUUGCUUGGGUGCUAUCGCUUUCUUUGUGAGGACGAGUAUCCGCAGAUCGUGGCACGGCUUUCCAGCAUGAUCAAGGGUGUCGGCGACCCAAUGGUUGCGUUGUACGCUCGCGUGUACCUGUCGUUAGCCAGUUCUGAGGUGCUGGGUGUCACCUCUCCCGCUGAACAGACUGCUGUCGUGAGUAGCAGUCUCUUUGACUACUUUUACGCGUUCCACUGGUUCCGCCACAACAAGCUUGAGCAGUGGUUGCUUGCGAACAAGAUGAGAUACGAAGAGUACCUCGCACUGCACUCACCUGCCGUCGAGUGGAUUGUGAAGUGUAUAGCUCCAGGGGCGACCCAGGACACGUUUGAUUCGCUGUUGGCGCACUACCGGGAGUAUGUCGGCAAUCCGAUGGUGCUGAAGCCCAUAUGCAAGUGUUUCGGUGCGCAGUUUUACGCCGCGACACCUACCGUCAUGCUGGAUCUCAUUCGCGCCGCGUCUCCGUCUUUUGUUUCCAAGUGUCAUCUUUACAGCACAGUUGCAACGCAGCUUAGCAAGGUGCCUCGUAUCGCGGGUGACGAGCCCGGCGGGAAGUUGCAGUUUCUCAAUAGUUCCUGGUCGUCCAUUACUUCCCAAGAAGACAUCGCGCAGUAUAUGGAGUGUGCAGCAGCUUAUAUGAAGCUCAUUGUGACCCACUUCUCGCACCGCGAGGCCCUUAUCCUUCUCAAGGACGUCGUUCGCCAUCUCGACGCCGCAAUACCCGGAGAGCUCACAGCCGGAUCGUACAAUCUGCUGGGUGCGCUGAUUGAAAGCGUCGUGUUUGGCGCCAAGCAGAGCUACGAGUUCUUUUCGAGACUCAUUCCGUCUCCUCCUUUUUUGGCUAUCAUGGGCAUGUUCAAGCGAGAAUCCAGUGUGGAUGUGGCGAAGAAAGUUUUGCGGGUCUUUGUUAGCGGGAGAAUGAAGAAGACGUCCGAUCGUUCAGGUGCUUUGCGGCUUCACAUUGUUGGUCCCGAGGCUGCCGUAGCCCAUGCGCUCAUGGCUGUAUGUUGCCGUGUGCACGACGUGCUUGACUCUCUCAGCACCGCGUCAGAGCGCGCGGAGGCUACCCGCGAUAUAUCGGCUUUCAUCACGCGGCUUGGAUACGUGAACGAACGUGCGACCAUGAGCGAACGAGCACAAGGUGAAGAACAAGAGGCGUUGCUCAUGCUGUACACCGACUGUCGUCGCGCAUUCUACAAGUUGGAGCAAGUCGAGAUGCUGCUGUCUACGAUGGUUCUUCGGCUCGCGAUGUAUGCUCACAGGCAUAUGCGCAGUAGCGCGGGAUCGAACCUCAAGAGCAAGAAGCACAGUCAUGUGCGACGUGGCUUUGUUCAGUCGUGUUUGGCGUUUGCACACAUUACGAUUCCAUCAUCGAUUGAAGCGCCGCUUGAAAAGCUGCAGCUCACGGUAUCGGCGGCAAAUGUCGCGUUGGUGACCAACUGCGUCCCUCAGAUGGACGCGCUGAUAAAAGCUGCCAUCGUGCUGCUCGCGGAUCUGGACCUGAGCGCUGUCCAACCUGCUGCAAACAGCGAUGAAAACGUGCAGCAUUGGUCUGAGCUAUCGGGCAUCGGCAGUACCAGUAGCGUCGUUGAUCGGGUCGUGCAAAUGAUUGCUCACUUGGUGAACGUGCUGAUAUAUGCGCCUUCGCUGCACGACGGCGACGCUUUCUACUUUGUCGCCGCGCUGCAGAAAGCCGUGUUGGAGCGUCUGAAAUGGGUGCCACGGAACUCGCCAUCGUUGUCGCCUGGUCUUGAAGUAGGCGUUGCUCGUGUGCGCGUGUCACUCAUGCUUCUGCAAGUCUAUGCGCUGUGGGGCCAACAUUCGCUGCCAGAUCGCCUGGAUGGCGUAGACUCGAACGAUGUCCUCUACGGUGGCGACGACACUUUUCACAACGAAGUCCAGACGCGCUUUAGCUCGAUGAUCGUGGAAGUCGUGCAUGACAUCGAAGCACUGGACAGACUCAGCGGGGACAACGACAUUGUGGAUAGAGCUGUCGUUGAGCGAGUAACGGCAGCACAGGUCGAGCUCAUGUUGGACUUCGUCAACUUGGUCGCUCCUGUGCUGGAAUACGGCGACAGUCGGCUCGGGACGGCUCUGACCAUGACCGAUCCGUUUCGAGGAGCUGAAGCCGCUGGUCCAAGUGACGGAAAGCGACGCGUGAAGUCUCGUUCUGCUGUCGCGUUGAUUCGCAAAUGUAUGACGUACAGCUACGAGAAAGCACGAUUGUUGAAGCAGACUACGCCAAGAGGGACAGCAAUGCACCAAGCGCAGAUGGCUUCGACGAUCUGUCGCUAUUUCGACAGCACACGCGUGUACAUCGCCGAUUUGAUGCUGGAGAUGUCGAAACGCGCUGCCGGCAUCUGCACUGAAGUGAGCAGCCAGCAGACCGUCCAGGCUCUUGUUGAAGUGCUCGAGCAGUAUACACUCUGA